AUGAGUUGGAUAAAAAAGGAUUGGGAGCUUCCGGUGGCAGGGUCUGGGGAAGGGACGGUAGGCACCACAUCUGGACGUGAGGGUGGCAAGAAGCAGCCCCUGAAGCAGCCCAAGGAGCAGGCCAAGGAGAUGGACGAGGAAGAGGAGGCAUUUGAGCAGAAGCAGAAAGAGGAGCAGAAGAAACUCGAGGAGCUAAAAGCGAAGGCUGCGGGGAGGUGCCCCCUGGCCACAGGUGGAAUUAAGAAAUCUGGGGAAAAGUGAGCUGUUCCUUGUGCCUGGGGCAAU